AUGGCCCCACCCCCACGGGCUGGCGCUGGGGAAGCAGAGCCUGAGGGCGUUACUGAGCUCCCAGCCAGGGCCCACCGUGACUCUGGCGCUGUCCUGACUGGGGAUGUGCCCGAGAAGCCCCCAGGGGUCCAGGGGAGGAGGCAGUCCUGCUGGGGAGAAGCUACCACUCGCUCAGAUCUGGGCUCCCGGCCGGAAGGGGGCGGACCGAGGGGCCCGCCCUGCGCAGCCCCGCAGCCUGCAGGCGCAGCCCCCGCCAAGGCUCGGACUGGGGCGCGCUGCCAGGCUGCCCGAGGGCGCGCCUUCCUGCGGGGCCCCCGGGGCGCAUCCAACGCUGCCCGCUGCCCGCCUGACCCUCCUGUGUCCUCCGCCACUGGGGCUGCAUCUCACCUGCCCUCGGCGCCCCGAAAGCCGCAGGAAGUGCCUCCGGGCCUCCGUUUCGGGUGGAGGAAACUGAAGGGGAACCGGGGUUCCUGUCAUCGCCGUGGACCACAGGCAGAGAUGCAGCAGCUGCAGGCGGAGGCCUCCGGGCAGCCCCUUGGAGAGGGGAAACUGGGGGAGCCGGGGCCAGAGGAGCUGUGGGAGCAGGAGAUGGAGAGGCUGUGUGCUUCCAGGGCGCCCGUGCGCACGCUGCCCUACGCCAUGGUCGACAAGCGUCUCAUCCGGCUGCUUCGGGAGCCCGAGGGGGCCCAGCCUUCGUUGGGGGAGCGGUGGCAGCAGCGUCGACAGGCUACGGGAAGGCGCCUCCGGGAAACCGCCAAGCGCCUGGCCAGUGGCUUCGGACUCUGGGAGGGGGCUCUCUACGAGAUCGGGGGCCUCUUCGGCACCGGAGUCCAGUCCUACUUCACCUUCCUGCGCUUCCUGCUGCUGCUCAACCUGCUGGCCGUCGUGCUGACCACCAGCUUCGUGCUGCUGCCUCUGGUCUGGCUCCGUGCCCCUGACCCAGCGCCCGCCCUGAACCUGACCCUCCAGUGCCCCGGAAGCUCCCAGCCCCAGUUGGGCCUUCAGAAGUUUCACAAUCAAUUCUGGAAUGUCUUAACCGGCAGGGCCUUCAACAGCACCUAUCUUUUUUAUGGUGCGUACCGGGCGGAGCCCGAGAGCAGCUCUACAUACAGCAUCCGCCUGGCCUACCUCCUCAGCCCCCUGGGCCUACCACCUGCUCACCUACCUUCGGGUCAACCUUCUCAUUGGUCUCCUCGUGGCCGGGGCCAUCAGCGCCAUCUUCUGGGCCACCAAGUACUCGCAGGACAACAAGGAGGAAUCUCUGUUCCUGCUGCUCCAGUAUCUGCCCCCUGGGGUCAUCGCUGUGGUCAACUUUCUGGGCCCCCUGCUGUUUGUCUUCCUGGUCCAGCUGGAGAACUACCCUCCGAACACCGAGGUCAACCUCAUCCUGAUCUGGUGCGUGGUGCUAAAGCUGGCCAGCCUCAGCAUGUUCUCCAUCUCGCUGGGCCAGACAGUGCUCUGCCUUGGCAGAAACACCACCAGCUUGCUGGGAGAACUCCGUGGGGGAGGAAUUCUACAAGCUGA